CAUCUCAUCUUCUCUCUUCAUUUAAACCAAAACCUUUUUCUUUCUCCCAUUCAUGCAUGAACCCUAACUAAAGUUCUUCUUUCUUAUACUUCUUCAUCUCUCAUCUCUUACGAUAGGAGUUAUUAGAUUACAUGAACUCGAUGAAUAACUGGCUAGGUUUCUCUCUCUCCCCUCAUGAUCAAAAUCAUCACCGUUCGACGGACGUCGACUCCUCCACCACCACAACCGCCGUAGAUGUCGCCAGUGAGUACUGCUUCGAUCUGGCCGCUGCCUCCGAUGUGUCUUCUGCCGUUCAAACAUCGUUUCCUUCCCCUUUUGGUGUCGUCCUCGAAGCUUUCACCAGAGACAACAAUAGUCACUCCCGAGAUUGGGACAUCAAUAGUGGUGCAUGCAAUACCAUCCACAAUAAUGAGCAAAAUGGACCAAAGCUUGAGAAUUUCCUCGGCCGCACCACUACGAUUUACAAUACGGCCAACGAGAGCGUUGGAGAUGGCAGUGGCGGUUUAGGAGGAGGAGAUGGUGGCUCACUGGGCCUUUCAAUGAUAAAAUCAUGGCUGAGUAAUCAGCCGGUGGCUAAUGUUAAUCACCAAGACAAUGGUAAUGGUGCACGAGGCUUGUCUCUCUCUAUGAAUUCAUCUACUACUUGUGAUAGCAAAAACUACAACAAUAAUGAUGCUGUCCAAGAGAAGACUAUUGUUGAUGUCGUAGAAGCUACACCAAAGAAAACUAUUGAGAGUUUUGGACAAAGAACCUCUAUAUACCGCGGUGUUACAAGGCAUCGGUGGACAGGAAGAUAUGAGGCACAUUUAUGGGACAACAGUUGCAAAAGAGAAGGCCAAACUCGCAAAGGAAGACAAGUUUAUUUGGGAGGUUAUGACAAAGAAGAAAAAGCAGCUAGGGCUUACGAUUUAGCCGCACUAAAAUAUUGGGGAACGACCACUACUACUAACUUUCCCAUGAGUAGUUAUGAGAAAGAGGUAGAAGAGAUGAAGCACAUGACGAGGCAAGAGUAUGUUGCUUCUCUGCGCAGGAAAAGUAGUGGUUUCUCUCGUGGUGCAUCGAUUUAUCGAGGCGUAACAAGGCACCACCAACAUGGAAGGUGGCAAGCUAGGAUCGGAAGAGUCGCUGGUAACAAAGACCUCUACUUGGGAACUUUCGGCACACAAGAAGAGGCUGCAGAGGCUUAUGACAUUGCAGCCAUUAAAUUCAGAGGACUAAGCGCAGUGACUAACUUUGACAUGAGCAGAUACAAUGUUAAAGCAAUACUCGAGAGCCCAAGUCUACCUAUCGGUAGUUCUGCGAAACGUCUCAAGGAAGUUAACACGGUUCCAAGUAUGGUGAUCAGUAAUAACGUUUCGGAGAGUGCUAAUAAUGUUAGCGGUUGGCAAAACGCUGCGUUCCAACAUCAUCAGGGAAUGGAUUUGAGCUUAUUGCAGCAACAGCAGGAGAGGUACGUUGGUUAUUACAAUGGAGGAAACUUGUCUUCCGAGAGUACUAGGGUUUGUUUCAAACAAGGUGAAGAACAGCAACGUUUCUUGAGUAACUCGAUGGAUCAUUAUAGUUCGACUUCUGAUGAUUCGGUUACAGUCUGUGGAAAUGCUGUUGGUUAUGGUGGUUAUCAAGGAUUUGCAAUCCCUGUUGGAACAUCGGUUAAUUGCGAUGCUUACACUGCUGCUGAGAUUGCUUACAACGCUAGAAGCCAUUACUAUUAUGCUCAGCAGCAGCAGCAACAACAGCAGAUUCAGCAGUCGCCGGAAGGAGAUUUCCCGGUAGCCAUUACUAUUGGCUCUAACAUGUACUUUCAUGGGGAAGGUGGUGGAGAAGGGGCUUCAACGUUUUCAGUUUGGAAUGGUACUUAGAAAAAAUAAGUAAAAGAUCUUUAGUUGUUUGCUUUGUGUUUUGAACAGUUUGAUUUUGUUUUUAGUAAGUUUCUUAUAACUUUUUUCAUAGUUUCGAUUAUUUGGAUAAAAUUUUCAGAUUAAGGAUAAGAUCUUUAGUUAUUUUUUUUGUUUA